AGCAUACGUCGCCGAAAACGAAGGGAACUCACUCCGGAACAGAAACAAGAGAUUGUCGAGGCAUUUGAUCUGUUUGAUACGGAUCGUGACCAGAAGAUCAACUUUUAUGAAUUUAAGGUGGCACUUCGUGCUCUUGGGUUUGAGCUGAAAAAGCAAGAAGUAAUACAGACACUGGAAGAGUACAAUAUUAAAGAAGACUCGGGGUUUUUGGGUUUUGACGAGUUCAAUGAAAUCGAAGCGAUUCUCGUGCACCUGGUCAAUCAGCAGCUAGUUAAUCAUCUACAUAAAGAUGUGGUUUUGAACGCUGAAAAUUCACUCGAAUGUGGAAUUUGCUUGAUCUCAGAGUUUGCCGGUUCUGUUGCGAUCUUUGUAACCGGGGCUACGAUCUUCGCUUCGUUUGUCUGA